CUGUCAGAGGAGAAGUUGCUCAUGUACACCCUCUAUUUCAUGGUAAGACAAAUCAUUUCCCCUCUUCUGAUCCGAGAGGAACAUUUUGUUUGAACAAAGGAAGAUAAUUAAAUUACAAGAUCCUGCGGAUGCGACAUCAGUGAUUAAUCAGCUCUUCUUUGGGUGACACAGAUCACCUUCUGCAGUUUUAUGUUGCAAUUCCUUCUUGUAACGAAGAUUUAAAAAAUGGCUCUUGGAGUGAAGGAAGACAAAACAAUGUCAAGAGGAGGAUCCGAAUGUUUGAAACUCAUUUUUCUUUUGCUGAUUAUCAGCGGUUUUGUUGUCCCAGUCACAGGAUUUUAUCUGAAGUCUUGCUAUAUCAGUUACGACAACACCUUAUGUCCCAAGAGAAACCUUUCAGCAGUUCCUCCAGAUAUUCCCUCGAAGACGAAAUUCUUAGACUUGACUGAGAACAAAAAAAAAAUACAAGUAUCAGAUUUCAAAAUUUUACCAGUUUUGACGCAGCUAGACCUGAAACGCAACUACAUUUCGGACAUAUACACAGGCGGCUUUGCCAAUCUGAUUGCCCUCAAGACAUUAAAUCUAAAUAAUAAUAGACUUGUUAAACUUGUUGAUGAUGUUUUUGAGGGUUUGAGCAACCUCACGCAGCUCAUGAUUAAUAAUAAUCGCAUCAAAGUGGUGGCACCCACCGCUUUCAAGUCCUUGAAAAGCUUGACGUUUUUAGACAUCUCCGGCAACAAACUGCACCACAUCACAAAUGUUCAUUUAAUAAUACAGCAUCUGCCGAAUCUACUCAAGCUGUCGGUCGCAAAGAACGCUAUAACUACUUUUCAGUCGCAUGAACUGACCAACAGCUCGCUGAAACUCACCGCCCUUGAUUUGUCUCAAAAUCCCAUUGCAGUCUUUAGGAUCACUGCAGAUGUUUUCCCAAAUCUCACCUGGUUAAUCAUCGGCGUCCCUCCGGCAAAGCAACCGAUGAAAUGGGACAUUCGUAACAAAACUUUUGUUAGUCGAGUGUCUACUCUUGAUAUUAGUGGGAUGAAAAUGGCUUCCGAUGGCAUGAAAGCAUUAGGAGAGAACUUCAACUCCUCACUGACUUCUCUGAGGAUGAAUGGAAUGAAACAUACACGCCUUACAGCACUAAUCAACAUGUCCUGCACCAUCCCAACAAUGUCCUCACUCCAACUAAGACGUAACAAUAUACCUUAUAUCAAUUCCAAUUUUUUCCAGUUGUGCGUUAACAUAACAGAGUUAGAUUUAGCAGAUAAUACAAUUCAAAAUAUCAGCGACGGGGCCUUCAGAGCUCUUCAAGGUUUAAGGAUCUUGAGUCUGACGAAAAACAAACUUCCGUCCGUUCCAGCCGCCAUGAGGAAUCUACCAACUCUUAAAGAGCUGGAUCUCAGCAAGAAUGAUAUCAAAACACUCGGAUGUGACGAUUUUGCCAAUCUGACAGGGCUCAGACAUCUCAGCCUUCAUGAGAAUUCACUCUCAGCUCUACAAGAGUGUGUUUUCAAGGAUUUAAUAGGACUGCAAGUUUUAAAGCUACAGAGCAACGGCAUCUCCAAUUUGGGUGGUGCUUUUAAAAAAUACUUGCCAAAUCUUAAACAACUGCGUUUGAGUGGAAAUAAACUCACCGCAAUAAAGACUGGGGAAUUUACAGGUUUGCAGUCUCUCCAGAACUUGACAUUAAAUCUGAAUCAAAUAAAUAGUCUUGAAAAUGGGUCUUUUAAGGGGUUGACGAAUCUUACCGAAAUGCAGGUGCAAGAGAAUAAAAUCCGAGAAAAAGAAAUAAACAAAGGUGCUUUCAAUCAUCUGUUCAAUUUAAAACAUUUGGAUUUGAGGGAAAAUAGCAUUAAAUACACCGAGAGUACAGCUUUGUCUCAUCCGCCAUUUUCUAAGCUGUCCCGUCUAGAGAAAUUGGUUAUUUUAGGAAAUAGCCGCAGGAAGAAGUCCAUGCUGCCCAGCAACUUCCUUCAAGGUUUGACUAAUCUUUUGACAUUCAAUGCCAGGAAUACUCAACUUCUAUCUUUGCACAAAGACAUGUUUACUUACACGCCUCGACUGCAAUCACUUGACAUUAGCACAAAUGACUUCCGGGAUCUCUCUCCGGAUUUGUUUCACCCAAUUCAAAACCUUACAAGCCUCUACAUAUCUGCAAUACGUCUUCCGUCUCUAGAUUUCCUUAUAGAUGCCAACCUUACCAAGCUGGAGUUCCUGCAGGCAAGAAAGAAUCAAUAUUCAGUUUUCAGGGAGGAAGUAAUUGCGUCCCUUCCGGCUCUCGUUUACCUCGAUAUUGAAUUCAAUAGUUUCACCUGUGACUGCGAUAACGCCUGGUUCCGCCAUUGGGUAGUAAAAAACAAGCAAACACAAGUUGUUGACGCCUACAACUUUUUGUGCAACUAUCCUCCAGACCUUAAAGAUAUGAGACUGUUGGACCUAGAUGUCCGGUCCUGCACAGUGGACAUUGAGUUCUUCUACUUUGUCUCCACCACAUGUGUGAUCCUCCUGUUUAUGGCAGUGUCCUUUACCUACCAUUUCCUGAGGUGGCAGCUGGUCUACGCCUACUACCUCUUUCUGGCUUUGCUCUUUGACACAAAGCAUAAAAACAAGCAAGCUCCCAAUCAGUAUGACGCCUUUGUCUCCUACAACACCCAUGAUGAGCCAUGGGUCAUCGAAGAGCUGUUGCCAAAACUGGAAGAAGAGCAGGGCUGGAAGUUGUGUCUGCACCAUCGAGACUUCGAGCCAGGUAAACCCAUCAUAGACAACAUCACAGAUGCCAUCUAUGGAAGCAGGAAGACCAUCUGUGUGAUCAGUCACAGAUACCUUGAGAGUGAGUGGUGCUCCAGAGAGAUCCAGGUGGCCAGCUUCCGUCUGUUCGAUGAGCAGAAGGACGUGCUGAUCCUGGUGUUCCUGGAGGAGAUUCCCGCCACUCAGCUGUCUCCUUACUACCGCAUGAGGAAGCUGCUGAAGAGACGGACCUACCUGAGCUGGCCUCGAGCCGGGGAGCACCCCGAGCUGUUCUGGGAGAAACUCCGCCAGGCUCUGAAGACCAAAGAAACUCUAGGCGAUGACAGGUUCCUCCUCACUGUUUAGGACAGACCGUGAUGGAACGGAAAUACCUCAUUCCUCUCUGUGUACAAGAUGUAUGAGGUUUACAGCCAGUUGGAGUCUUCUUCGAAUUUGUUGGUUUGUUUUACCACAAAAUUGCCAUAAAGUCUGAUGGAGGUUGUUGGCAUUACAUUUUAAUACCAACUAGAUCCACUACUCUUACUCAUCUAACUGAAAUGGAAAAUGAGGAGUCACAACUUGAACAGUUUCCAACCAAACUGGAAGACCAAGUUAUGACUAAGUACAAGUGAAUUUGUUUUUCCCUAAUGAGCCUCUCUAAUGGUACAAUGAACUGAUAAUGACAGAUUAUAUUGUAGAUAUUAUGUAGAAUAGAAUAAGAUACUGUGGUCUGACAAAAAAAAGAAAAGACUAAAUGGUGUAAAUAAAUAAAAGGAUUGACAACAGAUUGGACCAGUCUAAAAGACUUUAGACAAAUAAAACAUCUGUAUCUGGGUUC